GAACACUGCAAUCGAGCAUACCAACCUGCUAGGACUAGUGACACGUUGCCCAGUGCUCGUAGUAACACAGCAAGUGUUUCAUCAGGAGGAGGGGCCGCUGUCGCCACGAGCUUUGGUCUUGCCUCUGAUGGCUUUCCCUCUUUGCCUCCUACAUCUCUAUCUGGUGGUCUGAACUCGAAUGGCGCCCCAUCAGGCAGCAACAGUGCUCUUGAUACACUACAUCUUCUCGUCAGUAUUUUGGGAUUAUCAAUCCAGCCAGUUAAUCCAGGGGUCCCCCCGCCGAGUAGCAGUGGCGGUUGUGGCUCUUCUUCAUCUCCUUCCUUGCCGCCACCGCUUUUGCCCUGCUCCUCAGCUUCUUCAGCCCAUCAACCAUUCAACUUAAUGGAGCCGCCAACUGCUAUAUCUACAUCCAGUACCGCUAUCCAGUCUGGCUUUGCCACUGAGUCUGCUGCUUUUACACGUCUUUUGGAGCAACUUUUAUUCGGUCAGAAUGCCCCAACAGCACAGCUUCCUACGAGCGGCACCUCGGCUUUAGGCGCUUCUGCCAGCCUGCCAAAUCAGCAACCAACCUUAGUGUCUGGCUCAUCUUCUUCCGUCCUGGCUUCUUUUCUCGAUACCAGCAGUCCUUCGACAAUCUCCCAGAAUCAGUACCAUCAAUUGCUACAACAGCUGAGUCCACCCUGCCAAACAUCUUCUGGGCUAAUUGGACAGCCUAUAUCAGCAAUCACGGCAAUACGCAACUUGACAUUUGUCAUGCUUCUUUUGCAUCGACAGACACGCUCCGAGUCUUUGCGUCAGACGACAAUGGGACAGGCUUCUUUUCGUAAAGUUUCUGAUGAUCUCGAGGUUAUGAGACGAGAGAUAGCCGACAUGCGGGAUAUUGUGAAUGGGCUGACAAUGGAGUUGGAGUCUCUAAGGGUUUGUAUCUCCGUGAACACUUGA